CGUAACUUUCAGCUCUUUCGCAAUACUCUUCAUACACUUCAUCACUCCUUAACCUACAAAAUUCAAUCUACGCGGUAUCGUCUUUUAAUACCUUGAAGGAGAAGAAAGUUCAAGUACAAUUUCUUCAAAAGUUAAGAUAGAAAAUGGGACCAGAAAAUUAAUUUGAAAAUCGCGAAAGAUAAUAUUAUUACUAAUUACGCGUUGGACGCCAUAACUGGUAUUACAUUUAUGUAUACGUCUGUACACAUUUAUAAUCCAGUCAUCUAUCGACUUUAUAAAGGUUCAAAUAAAGAAAACAUUGAAUCUUUUUUAGUUAAGUCAUCAGCACUUGUCUAUUAUUGGAUUGCUGGCUUAGAGAAGAAGAAGAAAAUAAACCAUCAUUGUGCGAGCCUCUUAUGCUUGUUAAUAAGAAACCUGCUUGCAAACAAGAAUCUUCGUAGAGACAUAAACAGCUUUAGAAAGCAUCGAAUCGUCAUUCUUUUGUUGUUAAUUCUGUUUUUUCAUCGAAUGGUUUAUGUUUUUUAGUAGGUUCAUCAGAAAUGAGUUUGUGUGCGCUUAAAUUUAUGUUUCUACCUUUAUUUUUUGUACUCCUUGCAAGCAGAAACGGCUCAGCUAUAUGGUGCUAUCGUUGCACUUCGAGUACACCAGGAUGUGGGGAGGAUUUCAGUUGGCGUGGAAUUGGUUAUUUAGGUGAACAAUGCUCUGAAAACAAAGACAUAUGUGUAAAAGUAAUCGAAAGAAGAGGAGCUAAAGAAAUCAUCACGCGGGAUUGUUUAAGUUCCUUAAGUUUGCGUACGGACAUCCCAGCAGAUAAAUACGAAGGGUGUCGUCCAGCGGCAAACGAUGUUCAUUUGGCUCAUUAUGUCAACCACACCGUUAAGGAACACGAUGUUAAACAUUGAAUGUAUGUGCCACGAUUUUCAACCGAAAAUAGGUAUCUACUUUUCAACAUAAUAGCUGCGAACGCUUUAAAUAACGGAACAUGACUGCAGCAAUUAUAUACGGCGUUUUAGUUGAGCUCAUGUUAAAGGUCGCAUUAUUGCAAAAAUUUGAACAUCUUGGUCCUAUAGCAUGUCGAUUUACGGUAUAUUAAUCGUAAAAUAAAGUGAACACGAAACUAAUUAUAAUUAAUAUCGCAGACUUCCUUAAACGCCCCGAACACUAAAAAAUUUAUUA